AUGGCUACCAGAAAAAAACCUCAAUUACCUAAAUCCGUUCUGGAUAUGAAAUUUAUGAAAAAAACUAAAGAGCGGAUAGAAAAAGAAAUAGAAAACACACAAGACCAUGAGGGACUAUAUUCGGGAAUUAUCACCAAUGAAAUGCGACAUGCUAGUGGAAAUUAUAUAUCCGAAUCAAGUUUUAUUUUUUGUCAAGAUAUAAUAGAAGGAAGAGUUUCCUUCAAAGGUAUGAAUCCGGAAAUAGAAAGACUUAUGGAAUCUGAAAAUAACAAGGAACAAAUUAAUGGUGAAAUGGAAAAAGACGUAUCAGAUGAAGUUCUGUACAAAAAAAUGAAUAACUUUCAUAGAAGAAAACGACCUUCUAGUCCAAGUAAAUAUGAUGUCCCAAAAAAGAAAAAGUAA